UUCUCUCUCGUUUUUCUGUUUCUCUCUUAGCAGGGGGUUUCUAAAGGACAACCAAAUGGUCACUUUUGAAAUGCCGUCGUAUGGAAGCUGGCUGUCAAAUGAGGGAGGGAAGGCGAGAGAGCGUAAGAGAGGGGAGGGCAGGGAGGUAGGGGGGACGACAGUACACUAGAGUUGUCUGUUUAGGGAAAAAGAUUCAUUGUUAGCAGAAAGGAAAGCAAGCCGACAGACAGACAGGAGGCAGGCAGGCAGGCAGGCAGGCAGGCUUUUGCGGCUUUUACUUCUAAAAAUAAAGAAAUGAUCAAUAAUAUUAAUGGUAAUCAUAAUUACCAUAACAACAGUAUUAAUAAAUAUUAAUAAUAGGUAGGAACUUAGAAAAAUCACUGGUUUAAUAGAGACACGUUUCCAAUGCAAAUGCAGAGUGAGGAUUCUUGUAAAAUGGUAUGAAAGCUUUUUUUUUAUGGUUUAGUUUGUUUUUCUGGAGACAGUGAAGUGCAUUGUAAUGUAAGCUCGGCUAGCGCAAUAUACUGUGUGUGUGUCUCAGCGUGUGUGUGACCGAGAGAGAGGGGCAGUCAGGCAGCUAGGCGUGCAUUUUAAUAUUUAAUAUUUAAAUCAGAUUUUAACAAUCGUUGCGUCAGAUUUUAAUAAUACUGAAAAUAAAUAUACAAAAAUAUCUGAAGGGGGGGCGGGUAUUUUAUUUUUCUCUUUAUGCUGCAUUUUUCAUGUGUAUACAUUUGUAUACGUUGAAUAUACAUUUCCGAGUCUCUAUAUAUUUAUGUAUAUGGAUUGGGAGGAGAGAGAGGGAGAGAGUGUGAGACAGAGUCUUUGCUUAGUACGUAGAGGUAUUGAUUUUUUCCAUUGAUUGCGAUGUUUAGACUAAAGAUUUUCUAUUUAAAAAAAUCUAUAUAAUAAUAAUCUGUCACUGCCAUGCGCUCUAUAACUGUAUUACUAAAACGACUGCGUUAAACCAACAGAUAUACCAAAAAAAUACAAAGAAACCAAAAAGUACAUCUAAAUAUAUAUAUAUGUAUAUAUAUAUACAAAAUUAUAUCCAGAUCUCAAAUAUAUAUAUAUACAUAUUUCAUAUCUUUCUUUCUUUCUUUUUUUAACGGGUUUAUUAUUUUUUUUUUACCGCGUUUUACGGUUUUUUGUUAAAGGUUGAAUAAAGAAAGAAAGAAAGAAAGAAAGAAAGAAAGAAAGAAAGAAAGAAAGAAAGUCUACAUUUCUUGUUGUUUUAAUAAAAAUAAAUGUAUUUUUUAUUUAUUAAUGAUCGCCAAAGCCGAUGGUGACUCGGGUCAACGCUAUUAAUCACAGCCAACAACAAAAAAAAAAAAAAACCGAGGAGACGGGAAAGAAAGGGGCAAAUCUAAAAGCCAGAAUCCGCACUCUGCUAGCCCAACAGCUGCCGUGUCCAUCUCUUUGUCUGCUCGCCUCCCCGUACCAGUCCGAAGCGAGCCUGCGGUUCUGUUUCUCAAAUCCCUGCUGUCGGGUGGCGGCGUUUCGUUUUCCUUUGCCAAAGAUCUGCUAAUGCUAACUGGGACUGCUUCUCCUUCUACUUCAUCAUCUUCUCUUCAGGGAUUGAGAAGAUUCACAAGACGUCUGCACCAUCCUGUGUGAUUUUCCUGUCCUUUUAACACCUGCACCGCCGAUAUACUAAACAAGGAGCGGCGGAUGCGGCUUGUCGCUACCCGAAAUACGACAGACUUCAUCUGUUAAGCGUUUUAGAGACACAGAGAGAGAGAGAGACGGAGGACGAGAGAGAGAAGGAAUCCCAGUACCGCUGUUCGGUCCAGCCAGGCUCCAGUAUGUUCGUGCCCCUGCCGGUCCCGUUCGUGUUCCAGCGAGCCUCCUCCGAAGUGGCAGGAUGGCGUCUCAAGCCUCCGACAGCCUUCCGAGCGGCGGCGGCAGCAAACGAAGUAAGAAUGUCGAAGCCAGCGGACAUUGAGAAGUUGGGAUCCGAUGCCUCACAGCGAGAGAGCAUGGACACAGAGAGGAAUGAUCCAGACCCUAAUCAUCAGGUGCAGUCUAUGAAAGCCAGCCCUUUCUCACUGUCCCCCACACUCUCCAGCACUAAGAUCAAGGCUGAGGACUCCAGCGAAAUGUCCCAGGCGCCCCCCCCUCCCCCCACCCAGCCCCCCCUCUCGCAAGCACACCUCCCCCAGGCGCAGCUCAUGCUGGCUGGGAGCCAGCUAGCCGGGUUGACGGCUCUCUUGCCCGCACAGCAGCAGCUCUUGUUGCAGCAGGCUCAAGCGCAGCUCCUGGCUGCAGCGGUGCAGCAGUCCAAUGCAGCCGCAGCCGCGCAUGCAGCCAAUCAGCAGCAGCAGCAGCAAAACAGCAGCGAGCAGACAAGCAACCCUCCACCCCAACUCACCCUGUCUCAGCCAAUCCAGCUCACUGCCCAAGAUAUCCAGCAGUUGCUGCAGCUCCAGCAGCUGGUCCUGGUCCCUGGGCAUCCUCUGCAAUCACCUGCACAGUUCCUCCUGCCACAGGCACAGCAAGGACAGCAAGGCCUGCUAACGACACCAAAUCUAAUUCCACUACCUCAGCAAAACCAGGGGGGGCUCCUGUCCCCCCCUCCCAGACUCAGCCUCCCCACACAGCAGCACGCUCACAGCCAGGUCAGUAAGUGUGCGGAGAGCCAGUCCUCCUCCGGGGGCCACAAUGAGGAGCCCAGCGACCUGGAGGAGCUCGAGCAGUUCGCUCGCACCUUCAAACAGCGGCGCAUCAAACUGGGCUUCACUCAGGGUGAUGUGGGGCUGGCGAUGGGCAAGCUGUACGGGAACGACUUCAGCCAGACGACCAUCUCUCGCUUUGAAGCGCUGAACCUGAGCUUCAAGAACAUGUGCAAACUGAAACCACUGCUGGAGAAGUGGCUCAACGACGCAGAGACCAUGUCGAUGGACACCACUCUCCCGAGUCCCAAUCACCUCAGCAGCCCCCCGCUGUGUGGGUUCGAGGGGCUGCCCGGCCGUCGCAGGAAGAAGCGCACCAGCAUCGAGACCAACGUCCGCGUGGCCUUAGAGAGGGCCUUUAUAGCGAAUCAGAAGCCGACCUCCGAGGAGAUCCUGCUGAUGGCAGAGCAGCUCACGAUGGAGAAGGAGGUGAUCCGCGUGUGGUUCUGCAACCGGCGCCAGAAAGAGAAGCGCAUCAACCCAGCCAGCGCCACCCCUCCCCUCCCCAGCCAGCCAGCCACCCCGCACAAACCCCCCUGCUACAGCCCGCACAUGAUUUCCAGCCAUGGAUUGUCACAGGCUGUCAGCAGCCUCAGCACAACAGUGACUACAAUGUCUUCGGGUAUGGGCUCUUUAGCUCAGAGUGUGAUUAGCUCAGCCCCCUCUCCUGUGACUCCUCCCCCAAACAGCAACAACAGCACAAGCAUCAGCCCCCACAGCCACAACCCCCUGGGCCUGCCGGGCAUGAACCCCAACACAGGGAGCACAAUGUUGGGUGUCAAUGCAGGGAUAAACCAAGCCCUAAUGGCUAACAACCCCCUGGCCACCAUACAAGCCCUGGCAGCCACUGGUGGGCAGCUGUCUCUUUCCAGCCUUGACGGGAGUGCCAGCCUGGUCCUGAGCAGUGGCGCUGGCACAGCCGGCACUCAGAGCAUCGUCUCCUCUCCUCUGUUCCUGAACCAUGGCGGGCUGCCCCUCCUCGGCUCCAGCCCCGGCGUGGGAUUGAUGGCCGCAGCCGUGGCCGCCAAAGCCGCAGCCGCAUCACUUCCUGCCAUGAGCUCCGCCUCUUCCUGCUCCUCCACUUCCUCUGCCUCUUCCUCCAGCAGCGAGUCAGCACAGAGCCCGCCUAUUCUUGGAAUGGGAGGAGUCUCCGCCUCCGAAGGGGCGGGAGCUAAGGCGGAGUGAGCACGCCCCCCUCCUACUCCUCCUCCCCCCGUCGUUGGUUUCUUCAGAACUCCGCCCAUUUUCAUUUUCUACAGCAAAAAAAAACACCCAAAGAAUUUUUUUUUUUUUUUUUUUUU